AUGUUUGCUUUAUUUUUAGGAUUCUCUAUAUGUACAAACUAUUGUUUAAUGGCAGAAGCUGAUAAAAUAGAGCACUGCACUCUUGACUCAGCCGUUGUUUAUCAAACUUUCGAAGAAAUUAAAACGAAUGCUGUAUCAGCUGAUGUAAUUGCCGUUCAGGUUUACAACGGUACAGAAAAUACAGUUAGUAUCGAUAUUUCAUCCUUAGAAAGGAAAAACUUAACAUUUUUCGGUGAUGAAAAUUCUAUGUUAAGUUUUUCUCUACAAGAAAAUGUUGCGAUAUCACAUCUUUCUAUCGAAAACGCUAAACUAAAAUUUGCUGUAGGCACACAAACUGCUAUGGUUAUUCAGGCAAUGAAUUUAUCUUUCAUUAAUUCUGUAAUCACUGUUGAUGCAGCUAACACACUAAGUAUUGACGCAUCAUACUUUACAUUUGAUACAAAAUCUAUCCAAAACAUUGCUAAUAUCAACGCAUCAACUCAAAUAACAAUCGAAGUUGGUUCUGCUACUAGUUAUGAAAGGCAGAAUCCGAUUUGUCUUACAGGAGAUAGUUCAGCAUUGAUAGUUCAUUUAACAACAGCUGAUUCAAUCUUAACUUUUACAGAAAAUACAACUUUGAAUCUUCAAGGUUCAAUUUUAACCUUUAAUUUUACAAACUCCAUUCUUAACUUCAUUGCUGACCAAGGAGCAACUACAUUCGCCUUGAAUAUUGACAGUAUCAGCACAUCAAUUCAAUCAAUCAACAUUGAUACAUAUAAUGCAACGACAAUAACUCUUUCUAGUAGCAUAGAUACAACUCCUAUUGUUAUUACAAACUAUGAUACCCUCACAGUUACUUCAAAAACUGAAAAAGUUCCGAUAGAAUUUUCUGUUCAAGGAAAUGUAGUUAUGACUAAUUCAUUAACCUAUCUUAACAUCAGUAAGAUGAAUUUCAUUUCAAAUUCCGCAACUGUGAACUUAAAUUCAAAUAAUUAUAUUUAUAUCAAGCAACUUUACAUUACAGGAACAAGUACCUUCACAUCCACAGGUAACAUAGAGAUAUGGAUCGAUUCUUUCACUGCAGAAUCAGUUUACUACACAAGUAACAUGAAUUCUUACAUUCCUUUCUCAAUCAACAAAACAAUGACUAUAAUUGACUCAACAGUCAAGUUCUACUUCCUUUACUUGGCCUAUGAUAUUGACUACCAGUACAAAAUCGGUCUUCUUGGCCAAGGAAUCACUGCUGAGAUCACAAACAUCCUUUCUAUCGCUGUUAAAGCAUCGUACUACAAGGACACAAUGCCAACAGAUGCAGAAAUGGCCCCAUUAAUAGGAAAAUCAGGUACUUUCUUUAAAUCAAAUAAAGUUGGCUGCAGCCAAAUGUCCGCAACACUUCCUGAUACAGGUGUUGUAGGCUUUACUGCAAAUACAAGUAUCCUUGAGAUGUCUUGUUCGUCUGAUGGCAUUUAUUCCACGUUUUCCUACAAAUUUGAUGAUUAUCCUUCGAGAGUUUACCCUGUUUUCUGCUACGAGAACUGCGACGGAUUCACAUGGGACCUCAAGAAUGGUGAAUUUGGCUCUUACAUCACUAAACAUACGAUCAAAGCUGUUUUGACGAUUAAUUCUGACAUGGCUGAUGGAAAAUACUUCAAUUUCGAUGGAGCAGUGAAGAACUCAUUAUGGAUUAAUAGUAGUGUUACUGAUGAUUCCCUUCCAAAACUCAAUUUCAAGGCAUCAUCAACGACAUCUUCUUCAAUUAGUGCAAUUUAUAUCGAGAAUGUAACAUUUACUGUUGUAGGAGAACCUUUGUCCAUUGAAAAAGCCAUAUUUGGCAACGUAAAAUUUGGUUCUAAUUCAUUAUCAGUUGGAAAGGUAUCAUAUCUUCAACUUUCAAAGCUUGCUUAUCAAUCUGUUCCAUCUGGAGAUCUCACUGAUUACUUCCUUGACGUUAGUGAAGAUUCAACAAUCACAUUUGGUGAAAAUGACUUUGUUAUUGGAACAUACACUCUCACAAAGAAAGGUGAUACACUACCAAUCCUUGCCUUCGCUGAUAAAUCGGUUGUUACCAUAGAUAAAUCUUCAUCAUCAACAAAUGAAGUUUUAAGAUUCGGUUUCCUCAAUAACGCAACGGGAUUAACAAUUAGUUUUAAGGUAAAUGGCGAUUGGACAUCAGAAUGUCUCAUGAACUACGUAGCUUGUACAAUUAAUUUAGAAUUUACAACAAAUAUACUGCCAAUAUUGUUUGGAUUCUUUUGCACAUUAAACAUUACAGCUUCACAAGCGUAUACCAUUAAGUCAUUCAUCUUAAACAAUACUAUGAUUACGAUUUAUUCCACGAAAUCUUCCACAAUUUCAGAUCUUUCGAUUAAUGGAUUUGGCACUUUGAAUUCCAACCUUACAACAAUUACAACAUUAGAUAUUUUAGACAAAUCAUACGGAACAAUUUACGUUUCUCAAGUUUUAUCGAAUAUUGUAGUUCCCGCAACAGCAAAUCUCGACCUUGGUACAACAGACAUUUCCAAGAUUAGCAUUACCUUGAUUAUCAAAGUAGAAGAAGACGCAGGAAAAUUAAUUUAUGACGGAUCUUUUAUUCCAACAGAGCUCCUUAUGAACUUUUCUAUAUCAGAAUACAGUUAUGGCAACAUUUCCAAGAACUUCUAUACAAAUAUGUUGAUGCUUGUCAGUACAACAGAUUCAAAUUUGACUCUUUGGGCACCUGUCACAAAAUCUAACGUUGAUAAGCUUUCUACACCAAAUUCGGAUAUAAGUAUCUCAGUAAAGAACUCUCAAACCCUUAUUUAUGCCCUUCUAGAAGGUUACAAACCGAAAUUAACUUAUCCUGCCCUUAGUUCUAGUCAAAUUGCUUGGCUUGUGAUAGGCCUUGUCUUUGUUCUUGCUUUUGUCGGUAUUAUUAUCUAUUCCUGCAUUAAAUGCAAGAGGAAUAAGUCUGAAUUCCCAGAAUCAAACGAACCAACUAUUGAUGACAUUGAAGGAAUCGAUGAUAUGCAAAUAGAAAACCUCUUAUGA